ACUACGUCAGGGUGGAUGAUUUAAAUUAGGGGGUGUUUCCUGCAGAACGUCAAGACGGGACACCGAGGAAAUAUCUCGCCUCUUUUCCUGCGGAUUUGUUGAAUUGCUUGGACGCUCGUUUACAGGUGAAAACAUGGCCAGUGCACCCCCAAUGGAUGCCACCACUCCCCUAACAGGACCCAUGCCUCCUUCAUACGAAGACACGAUGAAGGGGUCCUAUCCCUAUUACCCUCCCAACCCAGGGUACCCUCCCCAGGGACCGGAGAUGGGAAAGAUCAACCAGCCACCAUACCCGGUACAGCCAAUGCACCCCCCCAUAACUAACCAAGCGGUGUCGAUGCAGACGGUCAUGGUGCAGCCCAACGUGAUUUUCAACGACCGGCCUGUGCAGAUGAACUGCCCAGCUUGUCAGCAGCUCAUUGUGACUCGGCUGGAGUAUACAUCCGGGACCCUCACCUGGUUGCUGUGCGGAGUAUUCGCCAUUGUGGGGUGCCUCUACGGUUGCUGCCUGAUCCCCUUCUGCAUCGACGGUGCGAAAGACGUGAAUCACUGGUGUCCAAAUUGCAACAGAGUCAUUGGACACCACAGGCGCCUGUAGCAGACCACAGAUUAUUCAUCACUCCCUUUUCAAGAGCUCUAGCUGUCGGGGCAGGAGAAGGAGGGAAAGGGAGAGAGGCGCGUGCAUCUAAAAAUCACAACGUACCCAAUUUCCUUCCUUAACGAGGGAACCACGACACUAAUGAAUACAGUUUAGACAGACCGCCUACAAGCUGCCCCAGCCUGCAGCCUUAAAACCUUUAACUGGGGUCUAUUGUUUAUAGGAUAGUGUUAAAAAAAUCUGGAGUCAGUUCCUCAGCAAUCAGAACCCCAACAGAUUGUACCCUGGCAUAUAUAUAUUAUUAUCUCUAUAUAUCAAAUCUACUUUGCUAAACGAAAUAAGCGAACAUUGCAAUUAUUACUGCAGUGUUUUGUGUUGAGUUUCUUCAUCACAGUUUAGUGGCUUUUUGGGUUUUGUUUUUUAAGAACAUUUAAAUAAGCAUGUGCAAUUAUUUGAAUGGGCUUUAGGAAAAA